CUCCACAAUCUCUGACACUUUCUUCUUCUCUCUCAUUUUCCCGAUUCACUUCAAAAUUUUCCCGGAAAAUCAAACUUCAUUUUGUAGACGAAAGAAAAAAGAGAGAAAGAAAAAAUGCACGAUUUCUGUUUCACAAUUCCUUACGGAUUAGUAUUAGUCGGUGGAGGAUUAUUCGGUUUCAUUCAAAAAGGAAGCACCGCUUCUCUCGCCGGAGGUGUCGGUACCGGUUUGUUUCUCAUCCUCGCCGGUUAUCUCAGUCUCAGUGCCUUCGGAAAACGAAAGAAUUCUUACCUCGCUCUCGCUAUCGAGAUCCUUUGUGCAGGUGUACUAACUUUUAUCAUGGGACAGCGUUACUUGCAAACAUCCAAGAUUAUGCCUGCAGGUGUUAUUGCAGGACUCAGUGGUCUGAUGACUCUGUUUUAUCUAUACAAACUAGCAACUGGUGGCAAUCAUAUACCUGCUAAGGCUGACUGAUGAUAAAGUGAUUCAUCAUAUACUCUAAUACAUAUAUGUUGGGUGACCUACAUGACUUAGAUGGUUGUUGUUGUUAUAUGUGUAAUAGAAUUGGGCAUACCUGCAAUAUUCUUUAAGCAACUCCUUUAGUAAGUUUGUUAGUCCUUUCCACUUUUUCUUAAUGAAGCAUUUGGGUCAUCCUAAAUUCUAAACAGAUGCUUAUUUGUUGUAUGAUUCACAAAUUCGAUGAAAAUUCCAAAUGAAAUGUACUAUGACCUAUUACUUGUAACUUGAUUAGUUUAUUACUCUGCAAAUUUUCAUUUCCUUGUGUGAUUUCUAA